GGAGAGGAAGCACUGAUUUCACCAAGAUGUCUGAGAAACAUGUUUCAAUUCUGCUGUUGCUGCUACAGCUGAGUUGUUGCUUCAGAACUGGGAGCUGUGGAAAGGUGCUGGUCUGGCCCGUGGAGUACAGUCUCUGGCUGAAUUUAAAUGUAAUCCUGGAUGAACUUGUCCGGAGAGGUCAUGAGGUGAUUGUUCUGAGAAAUUCAGCUUCCAUUUUCAUUGAUCCAAGCAAACAAACUAAUAUUAAAUUUGAAACUUUUCCUAUUAAUGCCAAUAAAGAUGACCUGGAAGAUUUUUUCGUACACUUGGUUAGUACAUGGACAAAUGCACGCCAGAACUCACAAUGGGAAUAUUUUUCACUACUGCAAAAGCUCUUUUCAGAAUAUUCUGACAAUUGUGAAAAUGUCUGUAAAGAAGUAGUUUUCAACAAGACACUCAUGACAAAGCUACAAGAGUCAAGAUUUGACAUCCUUCUUUCAGAUGCUAUUGGUCCUUGUGGUGAGCUACUGGCCGAGCUGCUUAAAAUACCCUUUGUGUACAGUCUUCGCUUCACUCCUGGCUACACUAUGGAAAAAUACAGUGGAGGACUUUUAGUGCCCCCUUCCUAUGUUCCUAUUAUUCUUUCUGAUUUAAGUGGGAAAAUGACAUUCAUGGAGAGGGUAAACAAUAUGCUAUGUAUGCUUUAUUUUGACUUCUGGUUUCAAAUGCUUAAUAAGAAGAGGUGGGACCGAUUUUAUAGUGAAGUACUAGGAAGACCUGUUACAUUCUCAGAGCUAGUGGGGAAAGCUGACAUGUGGCUCAUUCGAAGCUACUGGGACUUGGAGUUUCCUCGCCCAACCUUACCAAAUAUUCAUUUUGUUGGAGGGCUCCACUGCAAACCUGCCAAACCUCUGCCCAAGGAAAUGGAAGAGUUUGUGCAGAGCUCUGGAGAAGCGGGAGUGGUGGUGUUUUCCCUGGGGUCCAUGGUCAGCAACAUGACGGAAGAAAGGGCCAAUGCGGUCGCAUCGGCCUUUGCCCAGCUGCCACAAAAGGUCAUAUGGAGAUUUGACGGUCAGAAACCAGAGACAUUAGGACCCAACACUCGGAUCUAUGACUGGAUCCCCCAGAAUGAUCUUCUUGGUCAUCCAAAAACCAAAGCUUUUGUAACUCAUGGUGGAGCCAAUGGCAUCUAUGAGGCAAUCCACCAUGGCAUCCCUAUGGUGGGUCUUCCUCUGUUUGGGGAGCAACCUGAUAAUAUUGCCCACAUGACGGCCAAGGGGGCAGCCAUUAGGCUGAACUGGAAAACAAUGUCAAGUGCAGAUCUGCUCAAUGCCUUGAAGACAGUUAUCAAUGACCCCUCCUAUAAAGAGAAUGUCAUGACAUUAUCCAGUAUUCACCAUGAUCAGCCCAUGAAGCCACUGGAUCGAGCAGUCUUCUGGAUCGAGUAUGUCAUGCGGCACAAAGGAGCAAAACACCUUAGGGUUGCAGCCCAUGACCUCACCUGGUUCCAGUACCACUCUUUGGAUGUGAUUGGGUUCCUGGUGUCCUGUGCAGCAUUUCUGCUUUUUCUUGUCAUAAAAAGCUAUUUGUUUGUUUAUCAAAAGCUCCUUAAGAUAGGAAAGAAGCAAAAGAGGGAUUAGAGCUCCUUCACACAUGUGCGUGUCAGGUAAAUUAGACUGCUCCAUUUAAUUCAAGCACUUUGGAUCAAGAUGUGACAAGUGACAAGAUUGGCACAUUUUUUGAGAAUUGUGCCCUUUAGAUUAUUACAUUUUUAAUUUUUGAAUUGGCAUUAAUAUACUAGUCUAUUUCCAGAAAUCCGUAACAAGUUCUAGUUUAAUGCUGAAUGAGGCAGAAUAUCAUAAAUCAGAAAAAACAAAAAAGCAGAAAAUGAGAUCCUUUAAAGUAGGUUAUUCGAGAAGAACAAGAAGCAUUGAUUUUCCAUUCAUUCAGAAGUAGCUUCUAUUUGACUAAAAUACCAUCAUGUGGACCAUAUGUGUCUGUGUCAAAGAAAACCAGAGUGAGAUCCUUGUUAACAUGUGCAUGAUAAUUUAUUCAGAUCACUGGAGCAUGUGAAAAGAAGCUCUUGUAUACACUGACCUCAACAUCACCUAGGGCAGAAGUGGCUGACAUUUUAAAAUAAAUAAAACACAUACAUUGGAUAGUGAAGAAUACUGCUUCUCAAAAGAGACCAAGGAAAUUAAUGGUAAUGGAAAAUUGCUCAAAGUCGGUUGGUAAGGUAGGGUACACAUGUCCUUUUUUUUUUUCCUAUUGGCAGUAUUGUAUUUUUUUGAGCAAAGAAGAAACAUAGAUCCUACACUCCCCUUACUGCUAUAAUCCUAGUAGAUGGAAAGCAAGCUACACACAGUGAAUGUUAUGUCCUUUGUCUUAUAUGGAGUUAACAUUACAUAUGUAUCAUGAAAUGCAAAAUAUAUAAUCAUGGAUUUUGUUUCUUUGUUUUAAAAAUAUGAAUGGCCCUAGCUAGCUUCUUAUUGAAAUCCAUGUAACAGAAAAAUGUUUGGUAAGAAAUAUGAGAUAUUUUCCUCAUGAUUCCUUGAGUAUGCUUGAGGUACAGUUUUCACUUUAUUGAAUGAACCUGUGUUACCAGAUAGUAUGGCACAAAAUAAAAGGACAGAGAACUUCCUAUUAGUUAAGACUGAUGACUAAAACCCCGGAAGUUUUGUCUAGUCCUGAGGACUAUGUUGUUAGAAGAGUCCCAUUCUUCUUGCUUAAUAUCUUCCAUUUCUUAGCAUUGCCUUGUCAGAUAUUUGGAACUGAUUCAAUUCCUGGGAUACAUAUAAUGUGAAAAUCAGAACUUUGAAAUAUCAUUUUAUGUAUUAUUUCCUAACAAGGAUAUAAUUGGUGGAAUAAAUAUAAAUAUUACA